AGGCUCCCUCGCUCCGCCACUCCCCGCCCCUCCGCUCUCCCUCCCGCCUCCCCGCCUUCCCCGCCCUCCCCGCCUCCUCCUCCUCCUCCUCCCCCUCCUCCUCCUCCUCCCUCCCGGCCUCCCUCUCCCAGCCAAACUGCUAGCCGGACCCCAGGCCGCCUCCCCGCAGCCGCCGCCGCCCCGCCGCCCGGCCUCCCCGCGAGCGCUCCACCAUGGACAGUCCUGUUUUCACCUUAUAAAGAUGGCGGUGCGGGAUCGCUGCAACCUUUAGACUAAUGACUGUCCGAAACAUCGCCUCCAUCUGUAAUAUGGGCACCAAUGCCUCUGCUCUGGAAAAAGACAUUGGUCCAGAGCAGUUUCCAAUCAAUGAACACUAUUUUGGAUUGGUCAAUUUCGGAAACACGUGCUACUGUAACUCCGUGCUUCAGGCAUUAUACUUCUGUCGGCCGUUCCGGGAGAAUGUGUUGGCAUACAAGGCCCAGCAAAAAAAGAAGGAAAACUUACUGACGUGCCUGGCAGACCUUUUCCACAGCAUUGCCACGCAGAAGAAGAAGGUUGGCGUGAUCCCACCAAAGAAGUUCAUUUCGAGGCUGAGAAAAGAGAAUGAUCUCUUUGAUAACUACAUGCAGCAGGAUGCUCACGAGUUUCUAAAUUAUUUGCUAAACACUAUUGCGGACAUCCUGCAGGAAGAGAAGAAACAGGAGAAACAAAAUGGAAAAUUAAAAAAUGGCAACAUGAAUGAACCUGCAGAGAAUAAUAAACCAGAACUCACCUGGGUCCAUGAGAUUUUUCAGGGAACGCUCACCAAUGAAACUCGAUGCUUAAACUGUGAAACUGUUAGUAGCAAAGACGAAGAUUUUCUUGACCUCUCUGUCGAUGUGGAGCAGAAUACAUCUAUUACCCACUGUCUGAGAGACUUCAGCAACACAGAAACACUGUGUAGUGAACAGAAAUAUUAUUGUGAAACGUGCUGCAGCAAACAGGAGGCCCAGAAAAGGAUGAGAGUAAAAAAGCUGCCCAUGAUUUUGGCCCUGCACCUAAAGCGGUUCAAGUACAUGGAACAGCUGCACAGGUACACCAAGCUGUCUUACCGGGUGGUCUUCCCGCUGGAGCUCCGGCUCUUCAACACCUCCAGCGACGCCGUGAACCUGGACCGCAUGUACGACCUGGUCGCUGUGGUGGUUCACUGUGGCAGUGGUCCUAAUCGUGGGCAUUAUAUUACUAUUGUGAAGAGUCAUGGCUUCUGGCUUUUGUUUGAUGAUGACAUUGUAGAGAAAAUAGAUGCCCAAGCUAUUGAAGAAUUCUAUGGCCUGACGUCAGAUAUAUCAAAAAAUUCAGAGUCCGGAUAUAUUUUAUUCUAUCAGUCAAGAGAAUAACUUGAAGAACUGUGGGACGAGUUCACAUGGGGGGAACUGUUCACGGCACUAUUCCCUGGUUUCUCUGCAGACUUUCCUCCCCAGUGGCCCCGCCAGUGGUACCACGCCAAGUGUAAUGGUCUGGCUGGGUUAGACUUUCUCUCCCUUUGGUUUUUUACAUGCAGCACUACUUGUGGUUUUAUUUUAGUCUGAGGUAGAGUUAACUGCAAUCAGAUUGUAGUAAGAUUUGUAUGAGUAACAGUUGCUAAUUUUAGGAUUGGGGAAACGCUACGCCACCGGCUACGUCUGGCUCAAUUAGAGUGACAUUUCCUACGGGAAGGUCUACAGUCUGUUUUGGGUCCCUGCUAAACGUCCCAAGUGGCUUCCGGGAUCUCAUGUCAAUGCAUUCCUUUAACUUGUCCCGGGAAGCACUGCUACCCACUUGUAGCUUCUCUGCCUCUUUUCUGACGCAAGGACAGAAUCGGGUAGAAGUUCACCUGUUAGGGCUGCAGCUAUAGCUUUAAGUUUGUGCAAGUGAAAACGUUUAAAAGUGAGUAACCUCAAUACUAAAAUCAUCCUCCAGGUGGAACAGGGUGGAGAGAAGCUGUUCACGGUGGCUAGCGCCUGCCUGGGGCUGUGCUCCCCUCGCCGCCCGCCGCCGCUAGGACCCCAGAGGCUAAGAAGGCACGGAGCUCAGGGCAGGCAGAGCCCAGAGGAGGACGCUUUUGUGGACAGUGAAAACUUAACUUUUCUUACCUUUCUACCAAAACCACGUUUCAGGAAGAUACCCCUACGCCAUUUGUUUUUAGUGAUGCUCUACUUCCGUAAGGUCCUGUGAGUUGUAUCUGUCCUUUAUCUGGCGCUGCUAAGCUUUCCAAGGCAUCCGCCCGGGCCGGCUGGUGUUCUGCAGGCUGUGGCCGCAGGGCUGAGCUACCGUGGUGACUGCUUCCGGCACAGCUCUCCUUAGCCAGUCAGUACCCACCACCUUCUCGGUCAGGAAGGACCCAGACACUGCAGUGUCACCACCAUUGGCCGCAUUGUACAGCUGUUCACCUUUUAACAUUUCAGUCUGUUGACUGAGGCGCUGGCGAGUCCCAGGACUAAUAAGAAACCUUCCCUAGAGGGACCACUGGAGUCAGCUGGGGGUGAAGGUGGGUCAAAGGAAGUGGGAGCGGGUGGGCGGAGGAAUGAACAAAAUGGCAACUUUUCUUUGGCUCAGACUCCUAGAACGCUUGACAAGACCGUUUUUUGGAAGAACCUCAUCUCACUGUAGUUACUUUGACUUUUUUCACUUUUGUUAUGUAUGUAUUUAUUAGAUCACUUGAGUAUUGGUACCUUUUAUUAAAAGGGUCAAUUUGGCGUUUUGCUGUUGAGCUGGUUUUUGGAUUCUUACAAAUACUAUGAGGCAUAGAUCUUGGCUUCCUUUGGGAAGUUGGUUGACUUCCAUACACUUCUAAGAUACUGUGAACAUACUAUUUUGUUACCUAAUAAAUCAGCGAAUGAACAUGCAAAUGUUUGGCAUAAUGUGAACUCAAAUUGAAAUUGGAAAUGUUAGCAGCCAUUUUGUAACAAUUAAGAGCAUAGCACUUUAUCUAGAUGAAAACUGGGUUUCUUGUCUUUAAGAUAUCUUGAACUGUUUAUUGCUCAGAACUUAAAUAAGCAUGCCAACACUUCAUUUGUUCAUGCUUGAAGUGAAAUGUUUUACUUUUCACUGGAGAAGACAAAAACAGGGUGAUCUUCACAUUAUUUUAUACAAGUGAUGAAAAUAUACCUUGCCUUAUUUAGAGGCAAAUUCAUAUUUAUAAAUAUUUUGUCUUUUUUUUUUUUUUUUCCUCAUGAAACAUAUGCAGUAAUCACUUACCUGGAAGGUGAGUAUUUAUUCCGUUUUUAAGAGGAGACACUUUGCAAUUGAAGGCAACUGAUCCGAGGAACUGUUUGUACUAUAUAUAACCCAUAUAUUUGACUGUAGGUUGCAAAGUUUUUUUAAAAAAAUGAUGGUUCAUAUCUAAUAUAUUUGGAGCUGGUUCAUAAGAAAAACUAUUAAAAUUAUCUUUGGAAUGACUCUUGAGGCUAAUUUGUUAGAGAAAGAAAGUUUCAAUUGGAAGCCUACAGAGGUAAUAUCUAAAUGCUAAGUCACAGAUUCACUACUGUUUUUGUUUGUUUGUUUGGAUUUUUUUGUUUGGUUUGGUUUGGGGUGUUUUGUUAUGUUUUGUUUUGUUUUGUUUUGUUUUUGGUCUGUAUGUGUGAAGAGUUUUUCCCAGUGACUUAACAGAAGUAAUUGAAAGAGUCAGUUAAAAUUCUGAAUUCGUGGAUAGAGUUUAGGAAUAAAAACAAGUACGGAAGAUAAAAUGCGAAGGCAUUAAAAUGGUUGUGUGAUGCAGGAGAAGAAGCUUGGAGAAAGACCAAAACACACUUAUCCACCAACACUCCAUCACAGCUUUUAAACUUCGAGCUAUCUGGUAAUUUCUUUCCUCUUCAGUAAAUGGAACAAACACUAGGCAGCUACGUUUCCCCAGAAUCAUUUCACUUUAUGUAAAGACAGUAGCAUGCAAACACUUUCUCUUUCACCCUUGUUCAUCGUGCAGGGCAGGGAAUGGUGUGAGGUAGGUGAGACCAUUCUGAGGUCAACGAUAGCACAAAGGCUCAGCAAUAUUCCCUCAAAUGGCAGGGUUUUUGUGGGUCCUUUUCUGGCAGGAGUGAGUAGGCCUGCUGUAUUUCUUUUAACUGCUGCAGGGUUUUAAAAUAAGUUACAGUGUUUUACACCUAGAGAAGAGAAGAGUAUUUGCUUUAUUGGUGACUUACUGGCUGAGCAUCUAGAUGAUGGUACAGUUUGCUAAAAAGGCAUUUGUUUAAAAGUCACUUUUUGGCAAAAUGAGCUGACAUCCAGUCCUGUUACGUGGAUGCAUUUUUCCUUCCAAGGCAACAUCGAAUGGACUGGUUCUCAGAGAGCCAAGGAACACAAUGCAGGAGGGUGUUGGUUUGACUCGGAAGCCAGUCAUAUUUGGUUUUACCGCCUGGUAUAUUUUGGAUUUCAGAUGAAAUGGGAAAAAAAAAAAAAAAAAUGACAGGAGUGGUCCCUAUGCAUUUAUUUUCAUGGAUAUGCUUAAUUUCAUGGGCAUGCCUAACAAUGAACUAUGUUCUAACUGGAGCUUAGGGCUUAUUUUAGAUAUUGGAGUGUAGCUUUAUUACAGAUGGAUUUUAUCUUUAAACAUUGCAUUUUGAUCAACUUUGUAUAUUCACGUGUAUUAAAAUAUUGUGCACUAAAUGUUUUGCCCUCAUUUGCUCUUAUAUGGUCAAGGCAUUUAUCGGCACUAUUGUGAUUAACUCAUGUAAAUGGCAUGGGUCAGGGAAAAUUAUUUCCUACUUUUCUGCCUAAUUAAAUUUCUGUUUUCCAGUAUUACAUUAAUUUAUUUUUGGCUUCCAUUUCUUUGUAACCAAAAUAGUUACUGUAUUUGUGUGGCAUUCAUUUCAUUUUGUUGCUAAAGAAAACAAGUUUAGUUUUUAUUUAAAAUGAUCUGUACCUUAAUCUUUUUUUUUUUUUUUUGUAACCAAGUCAAGCACUUUAAGCAAUAAUGUCAAUCUUGUGAAAUUUCAAUCAGUUUAACACCCUGCCUCUAAAAUUGUUUGCAAAAAAAAUAAAUAAAUAAAAUAGGAAUUCCCUUCCUAGAGAAUUAUAUCUUGGUAAUGUUACACACAUGGACUUAAAAUCCUUUUUAUAAAAUGUGAGUUAUUGGCAA